GUAAAGAUAACCAGGAACCAGAGACUUUAAAUGCUUAUGCUCCUGCCCCUUCUUUUAUUGAUAAUUGUGGCAAGAAGAGGAGAGAAAACAGAGAAGCUAGAAUUAGUUUAUAUUCAACUAGUUUGAAAAUCAAAAAAGUAAAAGUCAAAAGAGGUAAAAUUUCCGACUCCAAUCUGAAUGAUGUAGAAAAGUUGGUGAUAGAAAAUAAAGAGUUGAUUUAUGAAGAGGAAGAACGGCACACUCAUCCUAAAUUGCUUAAACUAGAAAUUAAUGAACAAAAGAUUACUGCUUAUCUAGAAGACAAAAGAGAAAUAAGUAUUCCUGUUAGUGAGUUGGCUAAGGGGUGA